AUGUCCUCCGCCGCUCGUUUCGAUUCGUCGGACCGCUCCAGCUGGUACGUGGGCCCGGUGUCUCGGGCAGAGGCGCAGACGCGGUUGCAAGGGCAGCGGCACGGCAUGUUCCUGGUGCGGGACUCGUCCACCUGCCCGGGGGACUACGUGCUCUCGGUGUCCGAGAACUCCCGGGUUUCCCACUACAUCAUUAACUCCUUGCCCAACCGCCGCUUUAAGAUCGGCGACCAGGAGUUUGAGCACCUGCCCGCCCUGCUGGAGUUCUACAAGAUCCACUACCUGGACACCACCACCCUCAUCGAGCCUGCGCCCAGGUAUCCAAGUCCACCAAUGGGAUCUGGAUCUGCCCCUGCUAUGUCCACUGCAGAAGAAAAUGUGGAGUAUGUUCGGACUCUCUAUGACUUCCCUGGCAAUGAUGCUGAGGAUCUUCCAUUUAAAAAGGGCGAGAUACUGGUAAUUGUAGAGAAGCCAGAAGAACAGUGGUGGAGCGCCAGAAACAAGGAUGGUCGGAUUGGGAUGAUUCCUGUUCCUUAUGUAGAAAAGCUAGUCAGAUCUUCUCAUGGGAAGCAUGGAAACAGGAAUUCCAACAGUUACGGUAUUCCAGAACCUGCCCAUGCUUAUGCUCAGCCUCAAACCGCAAGUCCCCUUCCCUCAGUAUCCAGUACACCUGGAGCAGUGAUCAAUCCUCUGCCAUCAACACAGAAUGGACCAGUCUAUGCCAAAGCUAUCCAAAAGAGAGUACCCUGUGCUUAUGACAAGACUGCGCUGGCAUUGGAGGUUGGAGAUAUUGUGAAGGUUACAAGGAUGAAUAUAAACGGUCAGUGGGAAGGAGAAGUCAAUGGUCGAAAAGGGCUCUUCCCAUUCACACAUGUCAAAAUAUUUGACCCUCAAAACCCAGAUGAGAACGAAUGAUUCCCUCUGCCCGAUUUACACUGCUGCUUCAUUUUCCUGGCUAUCAUUAGGAUUGUUUGAGGUGGAAUGAUGACUUAAUGGCACAUUGCUAGCAUUGCCCAUUUUCCAGCUUGCUGCAGUUUGAUGGUUCUUUUAAUGUACAUUUGGAAUACAUGUGACUGAAGUCACUGCCUGACCUUCAUACCAUAGUUCUGUCAUCCAGAAUUUAGUUUCACAUUUAAAACUAUUGGGCCUUAAGCUGGAGAAGACUGAACCAGUAUAUAGCAGAGAAGUACGGGAAGAAAACCUUUCCUCUUGAGACUUCCAUGGACUUUUUCUGGCUUGCUCAGUAGGAAGAGCCCUAAUCUUAGAUCAAACAUGCAACUUGUGCAUUACUGUCCAAGAAAAAGCAACAACAAAAAUGCAAUUUUAGGACUGAAGAAGACUUAGUUUUAAGAGAACCUGUCCUAAGGUAGUACAUUUAAAAUUAUGGUCUCUUUAAAGGACAAUAAUUGAAGCUUAUGUAUUCUAAGCAGUUGUAUUAGAAGCUGCUCUUUUCUGUUAACUCUUAAGCUUGUUGACCUUCCUGAAACAGUGUGUGUUAAAUGCAAAUAACCAUUGAUUGA